GCACGGCCGCGGCCCGCCGCCUGCUCCCGCCGGCACGCUUCUCGCGCCUCGCAACCCUCCCGCUCGGCGGCGUCCGCCUCGCUUCGCUCGCCGGCGUCGGCGAGCUCCGCGACGUCCGCGUCCUCGACGCUAGCCGCAACGCGCUCGCGACCGUGCCUAGCGAGAUCGCGCGCUGCGUAAACCUCACCACGCUUAACCUUGGCCUCAACCGCCUCGUCGCAUUCCCAGACGUCGUCCUCACACUCCCAAGACUCACUACCCUCCUGCUACACCAUAACACCAUACGCACGCUCCCCGCCGAGUGGGGCGACGUCAAGCAGCUUUGCCGCCUCGGAUUGUUCAACUGUGCCAUCGACGGAGACCUCCCCGAGCAGCUGUGCAAGAUGCUCGGCACGCAGACCGCCGCGAGGACGAGGCGCAGUGCAAACUUGCAGAAUAAUCACCUGGAUCAGGGCCUUGUGGAUAGUUUGUUUAGGAGGUUUCCCAUGCUUGCUUCGGCCGUCGUUCUUUGA